UAAUAACCAGUCUUUAUUUGCCGCCGUUAGAGAACAAAAAUGGUGUCGCUGAAACUACAGAAGCGGCUCGCCGCCAGCGUGCUAAAGUGCGGGAGAGGCAAAGUCUGGCUUGAUCCAAAUGAAGGCAAUGAGAUCUCCAUGGCCAAUUCUCGCCAGAACAUCAGGAAGUUGGUCAAGGAUGGAUUUAUCAUCAGGAAGCCAACCAAGAUUCACUCUCGAUCACGUGCUCGCCGUAUGAAUGAAGCUAAGAGAAAGGGACGUCACUCUGGAUACGGAAAGCGCAAGGGAACCAGGGAGGCAAGGUUGCCCACCAAGAUCCUAUGGAUGAGAAGGAUGAGGGUGCUGAGGAGAUUGCUUCGUAAGUACCGAGAGUCAAAGAAGAUUGACAAGCACAUGUAUCAUGACAUGUAUAUGAAGGUUAAAGGUAAUGUUUUCAAGAACAAGCGUGUUUUGAUGGAGAGCAUUCACAAGAGUAAGGCCGAGAAGGCUCGUGAGAAGACUUUAUCUGAUCAGUUUGAAGCUAAACGUGCAAAGAACAAGGCUAGCAGAGAAAGAAAGCUGGCUCGAAGAGAGGAAAGAUUGGCCAAGGGUCCACAAGAGAGAGCUCCUGCUGCCCCCGUUCCAGCUGCACAACCUGCACAGCCAUCAAAGAAAUCCAAGAAAUGAGGUCACUUCAAUAUGUUGGAUACCAUGUUAGUCUUGUGGUUUAUUUUACUAAUCUGCUUGUUACAAUUUCAUUUUGUUUUGGAAUAUUUCUAUCUAGAAAGAGAUUCAAACUCUUGAUACAAUGAAUUUUGUCUGGGUAUUCCAUGUUUGUUUUGUUGUA